UCUGCAACCAGUUGAAUUAAAAGUGGCCACUCCAUGGAAAAAAUUAAAAGUGGCUCAGCCACCUCGUAGACAGAAGAUGAACUAGCACGAAGAAAUUCAGGUGUGAAAUGGGCUUCAUCUCAUGUCGGCGCGCGCGAGUGGAGGUGGAGGUGGAGCGAUGCACUAUUAUGCACAGAAUAUCUCUUUUAAUUAGUGGCUAAUACGUCCAUUUGUUGCACCAAUUAGGAGUUGGUCUCGUCCAGAAGCUCACAAUAUAUAACAAAGGGAUAAUAAUACCCUAAUCUUAAUUCUGAAAAGAUGAUGAUUAUUAUCCGAAGUUUCAAAUAUGAUGAUAGUGGUGCCUGUGUUUUUAAAUUAACCGGAAAUAUGACCUAAAUCUUGCAAUGACGAUUAUUCAGUUUUCGUGUUACCAACUUAGUUAGGACGUGUUUGCAUAACUGUUACAUCACGCACUUGUUUGAAGCAUGUAGAACCUUGAUUAUUAGGUUUUUUCUAAUUAAUAGGGUGGCUGAUUGGGCGUAUGAAGGUCCAACCUAGAAAGAAAAAAAAAGGGUUAUAGACCAAGAUCAAAACAAAAACAAAAAGCCAAACAUAUAUAAGGUUCAUACACCGUAAUUUCUAGUCGACGACAACCAAUGUAGUCAGAAGCACGUUGCUACGUAGAAUAGUUUUGGUGAUCUAGAAGCGUUAAAAUCGUAAGUUCUUAAGGGUUAAAACGCGUUUUUAACUACCUUAGUUAUAAAACUUGAUUUUUUACGUAGAACUGUUUUGGUGACCGAGUAACUUAAAAGCACAAUUUUUUAAGUUUUAAAAUGCGAUGUUGACUACAUUGACGACAACAGAUCAGAGCGUUGACUUGAUUAAAUGCAGUCCUUUGAUCUGUAGUUAGGUUUUUAGGUAUCCUACUACUACUGAUACUGAAUCACUGUGUGUAGACAUUGGAGGACAGCAAAUGAGCACCACUCCCCGCAUAUCUAUCUUCUUCACUAGUGGUGGAGCAGAGUUAGUACUAUACUACACUGAUCACUGUUAUGUUGCACUCUGAGUCUGCACUUUUUUCCCAAGUCUAGCGUGGAGGCACACAGGGCCCUCCUCCCAUCCUCUCAUGGUGGAUCAUGGUGGGCUCUCUUCUUGUCCUUUUCUCCAUUUGCCUCAACCACUCCCGCCCAAUAGCGAACGCGGUUUUAAGUUUAACGCAUCGACUUCUGAUGACAAUUUGAACUCGUCUCGUAGGUUUUUAUUCGAUCUGAUCUAUAAUGAAACGAAUAUCACCCGACGACUCAUAGUAGCGUGGGAGUCAGCUCCGUCACGCCCCGUUCUUAAUCUAGUACAUAUCAAUUUCUUACAAUAUCUAUUCAUCCCCUAUCUUGACCUUGUUUCAAUUGUAAAUUAGUUAGGCACAAUCAUGCAAAUGAGAUCGUUGUCGUAUCGCUGAUUUUCAACCUACAUGUUCUAGAUUCCAAUCCUAGAGACGACGCUUCUUUCGAUCGACCUGCCCCAUCCCACCCCAUACUCACAGGGAUAUUACAUGCCCCGUACCCACACAGAUACGAGUAUUGACUAUUGAAAUACCGGCCCGCCUCAUUGCCAUCACCCUAUAAAUACCUCCACUACUCUCCCCGUUUAUCCAUACCCAAGCAGCUCUCACACCAACUUCGACAACCAAAACAUUCCAUAUUAUUCUUCGCUAUGAAAACUGAUCUCAAGCUCCUCGGAGCAUUUUUCUUCCUGCUGGUGGGCUUGGGCAUUGCCUCGGCGACCAGAGCCCUCUUCACUUUCGACGAAUCCACGGUGGGACAUUCCGCCGGCGGUUAUGGAGCUGGCCACGGAGCAGGCGGAGGUUCUGGCUACGGCGGAGGUGUUAACGGGUAUGGUGGAGGCGGGGGAGGCGGUUCUGGCGGCGGAGGAGGCGGUGGUGGAGGUGGCACCGGUGUGGAACAUGGUGUUGGGGGAGUAGGAGGUGGCGCCGGUGGCGGUGAAGGUGGCGGGGCGGGAUACGGAGGUGGAGAUGCGGCGGGGCACGUAGGCGGAGGUGGAGGAGGGAACGGCGGCGGUGGAGGGGGUGGUGGGGGUGAUCAUGGUGGCGGGUACGGUGCCGGCGGUGGUGAGGGGGCUGGGAGCGGUUACGGUGGUGAACACGGCGGUAGGAUUGGAGGUGGUGGCGGCGGCGGCGGAGGGGCGGGCGGCGGCGGUGGGGCGGGUGCUGGAGGUGCGGGUGGUGGGUAUGGAGGAGGUGAGGGAGGUGGAGCCGGAGCCGGCGGCGGAGCUGCGGGAGGAGGAGGUGGUGGCGGGAAGGGAGGAGGCGGCGGCGGUGGUGGAGGGGCUAAAGGGGGAGGUGGUGGGUAUGGUGGUGGAGAAGGUGCUGGCCACGGUGGUGGAGCUGGUGGAGGAGCGGCGGGUGGGUACGGUGGUGGUGGCGGAGGAGGAGCUGGUGGUGGUGGCGGAGGAGGGGCUCAUGGAGGUGGAUAUGGAAGCGGUGGUGGUGAGGGAGGAGGGUAUGGUGGUGGAUCCGGAGCGGCGGGAGGUGGCGGCGGCGGUGGAGGGACUGGUGGUGGCGGCGGCGGCGGUUAUGCUCCAUAAAGUGUUUGUUUAAUUAUAUGUGAGCCAUCUUAAUGUGAAGAUGGUUAAGUGAAAUGAUGAAUGGGUUGGUUUUACGUCUUAUGAUAUGCAUGCAUGCCGAAAAUGUAAUUUGGCAAAUAAUAAGAUUUGUUAUAUAUAUGGAAUAUAUGUCAAGAAAAUGUGUGAUGAGGAUCAAGCAUUAUGGUAAUUAUAUAUGUGAAGAUAUGAUUAUUGUAAGAUUAAGCGUUAAUGCUUCUUCUUGUUAUUGACGUUAUUUGGACAUGAAAUCUAUCGAGUGCACUAUAUAAAAAUUGAAGUUAACUUGUCGAUCAAUGUAUAUGAUCAACAAUCAAUACUUUAGUUAAGGUAUCACUAUAUGAAUAUCGAGUUUUUAUGGUGUAUAAUUAAGUGAACGGCUAUUUGUCGCCAACCAAAAAAAAAAUUUUGAAUUCAAA